AUGUCUUCAAACAAGGGCAAAACAGGUGAAGGUCCAGAGCAGUCAUUAGCUUUGGCUCGAGGUCUGUUCUGGGACAUGAUUCGUGACAGUGCAAAGUUCAAAGACUUAACUGACACUGGUUUGAGAUUAAAUAAAUUGAGUGGCAGAAAAUCGAGGUUCUACUGGCUUGAUGAUAAAAAGAUUCAAUUGACUGCUUGGGAGGAGUACCAGAAAUCGGUAAUUGAUACAUAUAAUACAAUUGAAGAUCAUAUUGGAAAGAGUCAUACAGGCUGUGAAGACUUAAAGGCAGCGAUGGAUAUUGCAUUUGAUAAAGUUCACGAAUCCCAGAAACUGUAUGAUGAGUAUUCCAGGGAACAGGCAGACUCUUUUUGA